AUGGAAGACGUCGAGAGAGCCACCUCCCGCUUGUGGAGAACGUUCAGAACCGUCAAGGAAAUGGUCCGUGACAAGGGCUACUCCAUCACCGACGAGGAAAUCAACAUGUCGCUCGAUGAGUUCAAAGCCAAGAUCUGUCCCAUGGGCGAGGCGCAAAGAAAGUUGAUGUGUUUCCAGGCCCAGCCCACGCCCGAGGCGGCCGAGAAGUUCCCGGAGAUGGGCUCGUUGUGGGUGGAGUUCUGCGAUGAGGCCUCGGUGGGCAUCAAGACCAUGAGAAACUUCUGUAUCCACAUCAGCGAGAAGAAUUUCAGCACGGGUAUUUUCAUUUACCAGACGUCCAUCACGCCCAGCGCCAACAAGUUGAUUCCGACCGUGUCGCCUGCUUCGAUCGAGGUGUUCCAGGAGAGCGACUUGAUUGUGAACAUUACCCAUCACGAGUUGGUGCCCAAACACAUCCGGUUGUCGAAGCCCGAGAAGAAGGAGUUGUUGGACCGGUACCGGUUGAAGGAGUCGCAGUUGCCCCGUAUCCAGAGAGAGGACCCGGUCGCACGGUACUUGGGUUUGAAGAGGGGAGACGUGGUCAAGAUCAUUAGACGGUCUGAGACCUCUGGCCGGUACGCAUCCUACAGAAUUUGUUUGUAG